CCGAUCAUCCCAGGACAGCCGAUUCCCGGAAUUCCGCAAUUCACGCUACCCUUCAUGUCUACAGCUGCACCAAUGGAUAAGUGCCCUGAUGGGACAACUGUUUUUGGACCAUGCAAUGAUAACGGCUUGUGUCCUUCUGGUUACUCCUGCACGCCAUCAAAGCAAUGCUGUCCAACAGCAAAUAUCACUGGUAAGCUCAACCGGGUAAGGCUCUGGUAUUUUAGCUAUAAUCGGGUAAUAAUCCCUUCUCUUAUAGCCAGCGAUUGCAACGAUAAAAUACAUCCCGCUACGGGAAUAUCGGAUUGUCCCGUUAUCAAAUUGUUAUGUAACGUAGGCCAAUAUUUUGACUUGAUGACUGAAGAAUGCCCGAAAACAUGCCAAAGAUGCCCAGUUCUACUCAAAGUUGAGCCAUGUAUCCCAGGGUCUAUCACAAAUUGUGUGGAUUUACCGCAUCCAAAGACAGGAAAAUCGGAUUGCACAAAACGGAAGGAUCUUUGUAAUGUGGCGAUUUACAGGCAGGUUAUGAGGGUAAGCGUACCUUUAAAUCCCCACUAUCUUCUAUGUAUGGAAUAA